UCAAGAUUUCCUGUUCAGCCCUGUCGCCUCAUUCAAAUACCUCCCCCAAUUGCUCUGUUGGUCUCCAAAUCGUGCGCCACUAGCGACGCUUCUUUUCGGCUCCAAAUCUCUCGUCACGCGAUCUACGUGACAACAUGGACUGGCGGUUGGCGGACUACAGCAAAGAAGCCGAAGAUACGGCAACAGGCCUUGCCCUUUUCGUCAGCGAAAUUCCACAAUACCGGAAAGACUUAACUGGCGACAUAGCUGAACUGUACGCCAUAUCGAGUGGUCUGCACACGCUGCAGGAAGCGCUCGAACCGUCCCGGUACGGUAGAGCUGCAGGCCGGAUCGUGAAAGAUCUGGAAGUAUGUCUUCCAAGCCUGGGUUACACUUUGGAUGACAUUCGUGACAUCUUCAAAAACACCAAAAGAAAAGGCCGGCUUCCUGGCGCAUUUCCGGGUACCCCGCAGUAUGCUGAUAUGUGGGUGGAUGCACUUGCCGAUUUCAAAGCUCAGGGUAUCUCUCUACCCAUCCGGUUGGAGUAUUAUCGCACCUAUUUGCAGGGAAUGUAUGAUGAGCUGAAAGGUGAUGACCCAGGGGAAGAAAUCGAUAGAAUCCAAGUCCGCCUGAAGAAGCUGUUGAAGCAGCAGGAGCCCAUCCAGUCUUAUUUCAGUAGACUGUCGCUACCCACCCAUGCUCCCUCCAAAACACCUGGACCGAAGCCACCUCGCAACCCACGACCGAACAUUCAGAGCUUCUCAUCGUAUCCAGCUUACAGCCAUGUACCUGCCCCACCAGCUCUACCACCCCGCACCCAGCGACCAAAGUCCCAGGUAUACGGUGGCAUUGGAGAAGUUCCAUUCAUGCCUCCAGCUGCUGCUUCUAAGCCAGCUCCUCACGCGUACGGCGGCAUAGGAGGUUUUCCAAUGUUCGUUCCUCCAGCUGCACCUUCUGUACCGACCUCACCUACCUUCUCGUCUGCCUCCUCUCAAGGCAUGUCGUCCCACUCUACCGACUCGGGAGGUCCAGUCGCCCACUGGGCAAUGCGUAUAUUUGACGGACGGCAUACUUCUACUCCGUUCCAGACGUUAGGCGACAUCACUGAAUGUCUAGGCCGAGACGAGCCACGGGUCAUUGAGAUGUUGGGUGAUGACGGAUUCGAGAAAGUCCUUGAGCUGCCGUUAGAAGCUACUAAUGUUUGGCUGCGCCUGUAUUGCAGAUACGAAGAUCUUCGAGCUCGCAUCCUGUUUCUCACCAUGGAUGCCGAUGGAACACGUAUGAGGUACUGCUUCCCACUGACCGGGCUCAAGAUAAUUCGAAAGGACUCCUGUCUGCAGCUAUGCCGCGUCAACCGAAAGGACGGAGGGCUCGAUCUAUGGGCCCGUCUACGCUUCCCUCUUUAUGAACGAAUGGUGCUGUUCUACAACACCGCCGUUGCUAUGAAACACCAAGAUCAGACCCGCAUGGCUGAUGGUCUCGAAGACAUGUUCGACCCAGAGAACAAGGAGCGAAUGGAGUUUAGCAGUGAAAUCUCGGACACUCAAUUCCUUCAUCACCUCCGCGUUUACCGCGAUACCGACUCUGGUGUUGUUCGCUUCGAGGCGACUCCGCGGCGCGGUCCAUUGAAGGCAGUACCCAUCUGGACUGCCUUCGUCACGCAGUUCGUCGGGGACAGGAGUUGGAUGAAGAGAGUGGGUUCCACGACAGUUGUUUUUAGACAACUGCAUCCAUACGUGUUCUGCGAGGGCUACAAAUUGCCAAAGGGGCCCAGCGGAAGAUAUCAGCUCAGCUUUUCGGCGCCCGAAGAUGCGAGAGAUUUUAUGGACACCUUCCAUCAUAUUCGCGUGCGACGAUAAGCCGGUCAAAAAUUGUUGGAGAUACUCUCAGGCAGAUGCGUGGUGUGACGUGCCGCCGCGUUUGACCGCAAUGGUGACAUUGGGCGCACUCGGUGCAAUUUUCAGCAAACGACAUUGACGACUGACGAUUUGACGACUUCAUGAUGAUUUUGGGAGGGCAGUUUCUGGCAUUUGCAGGAUACCCCUCUCUCACGUAGGCGCUGCUGAAAUGCGUGUAUUGGUAACGGCUUGCAUAGUCAAAACUGAGCUUCUGUUGACUUCGCGUGUACUUGAGGGUCCUGUAAUAUGGACAGUGCCUGUGGCAAAACCACGGAGCUACUCCUCGACAAAUUGCACUUAGCUUUUCGCCGCGGCUCAGUUUUCUGAGGCAUGUUCUUGUCAUAGCCGGUUCAAGACUAGGGUACGUCGUAGGGCUUUCCUGGUGGGGCAGGGUUAAAGGCUAGCGUAGAAAUUAUCC